AUGCUCCCCAACUUACUCGCCGCGGCGCUGGCCCUGGCAACAACCACAUCUGCCUCCCCAAUCAGCAGAUCCUCAACCACAAACAAUGCCUGGGACCUAGACUGGAUAUCAACAGACCCCUCCCUCCCAAAAGUAAUCAUCUACAGCGCAGGCGGCACAAGCCUCUCAGCCUCAAACUACAGCCGCCUAGACAACAUAGCCUACGGCUCCGGUCCCCCACCGACGCCCUACGACCUCAUCUCCGACGUCUCCGAGGUUCUCGAGGUCGCGCAGCUCGCCGUUCUCGCUAACGCACAGGUGUGUGCCGAGGGGAGUGAUGUCGCUGGUGCGAUUAUGUUUCAUGGGACGAAUACGCUUGAGGAGACGGCUUUCGGCGUGGAUUUGACGUUUAAUUGCUCCAAGCCGUUCGUUGCUACGGGGUCCAUGAGGCCUGAUACGUACGUUUCUCCUGAUGGGCAUGCGAAUUUCUAUCAGGCUGUUGCGGCGGCUGCGUCGCCUUCUUCGCGUGAUCGAGGGGGUCUCAUCGCCUUCAACGACAGAAUCACGUCAAUCUACUACUCCACCAAGGUCAAUGCAAAUACACCAGACACGUUCAAGGCCCUUGAGCAGGGGAACCUCGGGGCCUUCCUCGCGGGGCAGCCGUAUUGCUUUUUCGACGCGGCGUAUCCGACAGGACGGCCUCAUUUUGAUGUCACGGGCGUGACGGAGUUGCCUUCUGUGAUUAUUGUCUAUGGCCAUCAGGGUUUCGAUGCGUCAUUGAUGUAUGCUGCCGUCGCCAAUGGCGCAAAGGGCCUAGUGAUUCUCGGACCCGGAGCAGCAGCCCCAGGACCAAGUAGGAUUUACUCGAGUUACCUCGGCGGCGAGCAGGCGCGCAUCAUGUUGCAGCUUGCCAUCAAUGCCGGCUACGAUAUUGAUGCGAUCCGGGGGUUGUUUGAGAGUCCUUUGAGGAGGGCUGUUUAUGAGGCACCUGCGAAUCAGAAGUUUUAUUACUCUGGCUGAACGAGAAGGUGCUUGGAUGAAGUACAAGGUAUAUAGUCAAGAGACCUACAUAACAUGGUAAUACAGCAGAGAGGCAGAACAGAAGACCUGAGAAAUGGGUUGACUCGGUGACCUCACAUUACAUUUUAUAUUUUUACAAGAUUACAGCCCAAGUUUGAAGUUCGGGCCAGGACAGGAAAAAACAAAAUACCCCACGUCACAAUCUACCAUUAUAUCACUCUUCACAAUUACCCACCGUCUAUGAUUCUAGUGUCGGAGAACAACUGGGUUGGUGGAAAGCAAGGCGUACUAUGCCAGCUUGGGUCUGUUUGCAGAAGAAUUGGAAGCCGCAUCUAAGCCAAAUGAAAGUAGUCUAGA